AUGAACACAAAUACAAACCAUUUGCUACGCUAUCUUUAUUCAUUCGAUGAAGAUGUUAGUCGACUUAAUGAAUUGCAUCAAACGGUACAACAAGAUAAUGAAUCCGCUGACCUUUGGUCUAACUUCAUUAGAGGAUCCGACUUUCCUGUUGAAGAAAAUGGUUUGCUUAACUUAGAUCGCAUCUUUGAUUUCGAUAUCCCAAUAAUAGAACCUGAGUCAGUUGAAUCCACUGAUAAUGAGAUGCCACAGGCUGAUCACCUCUCCAUCGAUAAUCAUGAUAACUCGCUACGCAAUUUUUAUUUGGUCGAUGAGGUCAAUACUCGAUUUGAUGAAUUGGAUCAUACGGAGCAACAAAAUAAUGGACUCAUUGAUAUUUGGUCCGAUUUCAUCGGAGGAUCCGAUCUUCCUAUACCAAACGAAGAAAACACAUGGCUCGAUUUAGAGUGCAGCUUUGGCCCCGAUAUCUCUUUAAUUCCGAUAUCCCAAUAA